AAACAUGAUCCCCUUCAGGAUUAACUCUGACCAACAGGGGGUUGAAGGCCAGUCUUUCCUUUUGUUUAUGACCAGAUUAAUACAGACAUUUCCAACAGUUUCUGGUUGUGUUUUCAUCUAAGGAGAAAAUGUUACCAUGCUAACAAGCUAAACUAAGGUGGAAGGCAUUAUGAACAUGACAUGCUAAACACUGGCAUUAUAACUGUGAGCGUUUAGCGUGCUGAAGUUAAAAUGUAUCCAUGCCUAAAUGGCGCCUCACUGAGCUGCGAGCAUGGCUGAAAAUUAAAGACACAAUCUGUGAAAUCUGACAAAGUUUUAACAGUAAGAGAGACCUGUGUUGGUGUUACUCCUUCUUCUGAGAUCUGAGGUUUUUUUGGGUUUUUUUUUUUUAAUGCAUCACUUGACCAAAGAAGAUAAUCUUGAUCUGUGGCUGCGACGUCACUGUCCUAACAUAUCAGAGAUCUCCCUGAGGACGUGCAUGUAGACUACAUGAGAAGUUGUGGCACUGUAAUUCUGUCAGAUGGGACUUGUUGAGAAAACAGAGAGGAACUGGCCAGACUGAUCUUAUGUCAACAUGACGUCCCCGUGGUCUAGAAAUGCCGUGACAUUCCCACGAUUGCGUCGAUCCAGAGGGGGCUCGCACCACUGCCCUGCUGAACUUCUGUUCAUUUCUGACGGGAUAUUUUCAAGAGGAGGAAAAAAAAAAAAAAAAAAAAGCGCUCCCUUUUGCUCCCUGAGAGCCUAACAGGGUCCCCGUGCCGACGCGCUCUCUUGGGCCGAUGCGCUGAUCGGAUCCAGAUGCUGCUGAAGUGUGGAAGGGGACAGCAGAGGAGUGUGCAGGCUUCACUGCAGCACUGAUUGAUAGAGGUCAACAUGAAGUUGGGAGUCACGUUUCUUGACUCCGAUCCCUCCCUCUCUCUCGUUCUCUGUCUCUUUUUACGCUCUCGCUCUACCCCAUCCAUCCCGCCUGCUGUCAGGUCGUCUCCUGAUGCCUGUGUUUUCUGUGCCCUGUUGAGGCGGCGUGGAGCUCGGCGGGGCGCAGACAGCGUUACGCUCCACGUCUGGCUCGUUGCCUCACCUCCGCUGAGCCUUUAAUGAACUCUUUUACAGUCGGAGGCUGAAUCUCAAACCGCAAUUUACAGACACCGAGAACCAGUUCGAUGAAUCUUUCUAUCCAACCUGCUGUGAGACGUUAACUAUAGUGAAUAAAAACAAACAAUUAAUGUAAAUCUCUUGCUGAGAGUAAGAAUGUAACUUUGCUUUUUUUUUUCUCUCUCUUUUUUUACAUUUUCCAGCUGUGUGUGCAACAUUUUCCACUUUACAUUUGCCUCAAAGAGCUCCACACAGUUACUGCUGUGUCCAGGCUGCUCAUAUCUUUCACCUCAUUUUUUCACUUCACCUUCAAAAACACACUACUUUAGUCGGGACUUAUAAACAAAAACACCACCUCCUCAGCACAGCCUAAACAAAGCAUUAAGCGCUUGUGGUUUUCUUGCAGAACCAGACUGUUUUGCAUUGUAAUAAUAUUGCUCUUACUGUGUCCGCCUCCUGUAUUUUUUCCCCCCUCUUAUAACAAUAUGAAUAUGUUUGUGCCCUGUGCCGCCUCCGCUGAAAUGUUUGGGUUCUUACAUCCUUCGGUGAAUGUCUGUCCGUUCUUCCCUCAGGACCAUGCCGACCCUGCAGAGCUCCGUCGUCCUGCUGCUUCUGAGCUUCCUGGUUGAUCUGAGCUUCUCUCUGAACCCAAGAGACCCGAAUGUGUGCAGCCUGUGGGAGAGCUUCACCACCUCGGUGAAAGAGUCGUACUCGCAUCCUUACGACCACGUGACAGAGGAGCCCUGCUCGGACCCUCGGACCGCCUACAGAUGCACGCGCCACAGGAUCACCUACAAGACGGCCUACAGACAGGCGGUGAAGACCGACUACCGCAAGAGGUACCAGUGCUGUCCGGGCUAUUACGAGAGCAGAGACAAAUGUGUCCCUCGCUGCACCAAGGAGUGUGUCCACGGUCGAUGUGUCGCUCCGGACCGCUGCCAGUGUGAGGGAGGCUGGCGAGGUGACGACUGUUCCAGCGCCUGCGAUGACAAACACUGGGGGCCAGGCUGCAGUUUGCAGUGCAGGUGUGAGAACGGAGCCCUCUGCGAUCCCGUCAAGGGGGCGUGUCAGUGUCCUCCGGGCUUCAUCGGACGGUACUGCGAGGACUCCUGUCCAGCCGGCACCUUCGGGAAGGGCUGUCUGCAGAGGUGCAAGUGUGGGACCGGAGGAUCCUGCGAUAAAGCAACCGGAGAGUGUGUGUGUCGGGACGGAUUCACUGGGACUUUCUGUGAGAAGGCGUGUGGCAGGAAGUGCCAGGCACGAUGCCCCUGCCAGAAUGGUGGCAUCUGUCGGGGCAAAGGGAUCUGCGCUUGCCCGCCUGGAUGGACGGGUGCAGUUUGCACGGAGCGAUGUCAGGAGGGACGGUACGGACCGAACUGUGCCGAGGAGUGCGUCUGCCACAACAGGGGCAAAUGUGACCCUGAAACUGGACAGUGUCAGUGUGCUAAAGGCUUCACUGGUAACAGGUGCAAUGAGGAGUGUGCUGCAGGCUCUUACGGUCAGGACUGUAAAAGUGUGUGUGACUGUGCGAACGGUGCGCGCUGCUACAACAUCGACGGAGGCUGCCUGUGCGAGCCGGGCUUCAGCGGGCCACAGUGCAGGGACAGGAUGUGUGCGCCCGGUAAAUACGGCAUGCACUGUGAGCGCACCUGUCUCUGCCAGGACAAACACACACUCAGCUGCCACCCAAUGAAAGGAGAGUGCACGUGCCAGCCCGGGUGGGCAGGACUGUUCUGUAACGAGACCUGCGCUCACGGUUUCUACGGUCAAGGCUGCCUGGAGCCGUGUCUGUGUGUGAAUGGAGGGGUGUGUGACAGCGCCACCGGCCAGUGCCAGUGUUCCCCCGGGUUCACGGGGGUUCACUGUGAGAGUCAGUGUAAAAGUGGCACCUAUGGGAAGAACUGCUCUCUGGAGUGCUCCUGUAAGAACUCUGUCGACUGCUCGCCGGUUGACGGGGCUUGCUUCUGCAAAGAGGGCUGGCGAGGGCCGGACUGUUCCACCCCCUGCUCUGAGGGAACCUGGGGCCCAGGAUGCAACGCCACCUGCCAUUGCACCAACGGGGCGAAGUGUAAAGCUGCAGAUGGUUCCUGCGUCUGCACAGCAGGCUGGCAGGGGGCGCGCUGUGACCAACCGUGCCCGAUGGGCACGUUUGGGCCAGGCUGUCUGAAGAGGUGUGAUUGUGUUCAUGCUGACGGCUGCCAAGCUACCACCGGGGAGUGCCACUGUCUGCCAGGCUGGUGGGGUUCUCGUUGUAACGAGCCGUGUUCGGAGGGCCUGUGGGGUCGACACUGUAACCAGACCUGUUUCAAACAUUGUCCCAACAGCGACACGUGCUUGAGGGAAACUGGAGCGUGUGUGUGUCGUCCAGGCUACUGGGGAGUCACCUGUCAGAACAAAUGCCGAGCAGGUAUGUAUGGCGACCAGUGCAGCAUGUCGUGUCCGUCCUGUGGCCAGUCGUACCGCUGCCACCAUGUGACAGGAGAGUGCGACUGCCUUCCAGGACACACCGGAGCCAACUGCGAUCAAGUUUGUCCAGCUGGCUUCUAUGGCAAACUGUGCUCAGAGGUGUGUGUGAACUGUGCCAACAACUCCACAUGCGACCACCGAGACGGCCACUGUGAGUGUUUACCUGGCUGGACCGCAACCGACUGCUCCAUACCCUGUACUCCAGGACGUUUUGGCCCAUUCUGUACUCAGACCUGCUCCUGUCCGCCCAACCUCAUCUGUGACCGAUUUACUGGAGACUGUGUGUGUGAAGGUGGAGGCGACGACUGUAAACAAGACUCGUCUGAGCAGUCGGGGAGCGUCAUGGUUCCUCUUCCUCCCGGCGAGAGGGAGUCUUGGGGAGCCAUCGGUGGCAUCGUCGUGCUCGUCAUCCUGGUGGUGUUGCUUCUGGCUCUGCUGCUGCUCUACCGCCGCCGGCAGAAGGACAAGCAGAACAACACGCCGUCUGUCUCCUUCUCCGCCACCCGAACAGUCAACUCUGAGUACGCCGUUCCAGAUGUUCCUCACAGUUACCACCACUACUACUCCAACCCCAGCUACCACACACUGAGCCAGAACAGGCCUCCGCUGCCGCACCUCCCCAACAACCACGACCGCACCAUCAAGAACACCAACAACCAGCUGUUCUGCAGCGUGAAAAACAUGGAGAGGGAGAGACGGGGCCUCUUCGGGGUCGAGAGCAACGCCACUCUACCUGCAGACUGGAAACACCACGAGCCUCGCAAGGAUGCAGGAGCGUUUGGAAUCGACCGGAGCUACAGCUACAGCGCCAGCCUUGGAAAAUAUUACAACAAAGAGCUGAAGGACGCGGUGGCGGCCAGCAGCAGCUCCCUGAACAGCGAGAAUCCUUACGCCACCAUCAAAGACCUGCCCGGCCUGCCCUUCUGCCCCCCAGAGAGCAGCUACAUGGAGAUGAAGUCCGCCGUGCCCAGAGAGCGAGCGUACACCGAGAUCAGCCCGCCGCCGUUCAACACGGCCACCUUACGCAGAGAGCGUCAGAGCUCCCUCGGUCACGCUCCACCAGAGGACCCCCAGAGCCACUACGACCUCCCUGUCAACAGCCACAUCCCGGGACACUACGACCUGCCGCCCGUCCGCCGCCCCCCCUCCCCCAGGAGAACACCUCAGUGACGGUCAGAGCGAGUCCCCUCCUCCUGACUUUGGGGAUGAAUUUAAGCCCGUUCUCGCAAAAACAAAGAGCAAACUUUCAGCUCUCCUCUGACAAUCAGAGCAGCAGUGAGGCUCCUGUCACACUGAGUUGUUUACAGUGGAUGGUUCCCCCCCCCCCCCACCCUCUUCGACUCAACACCGCCCCUCUGUGGGCCAAAGUGGUACUCGCUUCACCGUGACAGACUUGUCAUCCAGACAGGCUGUGGUGAGGAAGGCAGGACUGUGGCGACGCCAGCGGGGCUUCAGCUGCGCUCACCUCCCAUGGGAAAAACACUCCCGAAGAUCUUUACGGUUAAAAGCAGCCACAUGGGAAUGUUCAUGUGUUUGAACUCAUCCAAACGGGCUCCAGUCGAAAUUUUCCAAAUAUUUCGCCUGCUGCCGAUCAGCUGUUUAAAUUUCCCCCCUUUUAUCAGAAUUCAAAAUUUCUAGUCUGCUUUUUCAAACUGCAGUUGCAAACUCUUUAAACAGGCGGCUGUGGAUGAAGUCUUCACAGCUGGACUUUCUCUUUGGAAAACCUUGUCAACUUUAAAAAAAAAAAAAAAAAAAGGAAAAGAGACAAAGGUCAUCGAGUAGUGUCUUUUGUCUGAGACACAUUGUUAAAAAACCUUCUUUCUCUAUUGUUGAUCUGCUGCGUUCAGGAACAGCAGCACCAAAGAUUUGUUUACAACCUGAAGGCAAAAACAGACGUUCUUUUUUAUAAGAUACUUCAUAUCACUGACUCCCAAAGGUGGCAUUCAGAAACACAAUGAUACACGUGUCCCCUGUUUGUCUAAAGAAUUGUGGCUCACUUAUUGCUGCUGUUAGAAGAAAAACUUUGUAAAUAUAGAAAUGAAUAUAUUUUUAGCUUCACAGUAAGAAGAAAAACAGCCUUUUUUUUUUAAGAUGAUCGUGUUUUUAAGGGGUUUUACGUGAUGUAUCUGGACACUGACAAAUACCAAAAGCUCUUACAAACCAAAUUAAAGCAGCAUAUUGAAUGUCAAUGCAGUGUCCUACAGAAACUUUGUGUCAUAUUUAAAGGGCUGGUUCACUCAAAAAAGAAAAAAAACAUUUUUUCAUUACAUAAUGGUCCAGUGUGUAGGAUUUAUUAGUUAGAUAUUAGCGUGUAAUCACCUCAAAGUUAGAAUCGAUGCGUUUUAUAUCUAUAGAGGGAGCCCGUCCUCUUCCUCAGAGAAACAAAUCACCUGAAAAGAAAGCCUUUCACGUACGUAGGGGUCACUGUGGGUUCUCAUCAGUGUAAAAAAAUACAUUAAAGUUGAGUAAAGAUAUCUUGUUAAAUAUUACUUUGGUAAAAGUGAAAGUCCCCAAUAGGAAUAGCAGUUUUGUACAAAUUAAAGUAUAUUUUACAUUCCAUAUUCAGCAUUAAGAUAAUCAGAAUCAGAGUUCUGAUUUUAUCCAAUUGCUGUUGAGAUAAAUUAAUUUAAUGUGCUACAAUAUUUGCGUCUAACAUGUUGUAAGGUGGAAGUACGAAGUAUCUAAUAAAUGGACACAGUGUAGUAAAGUACCUCAAAAUAUGGUUUUAGUGCAGCACUUGGGUGAAUUAAUUUAAUUUAAUUCCAUCAACGGCUGUCCCACAUGCUGGGAAGGGGAAGGGGUGAGGUGAGGGGUAUUCAGUUGGUUGCAGUCUGCAACCUUACCUCAUUUAAAUCCUACAAACUGGACCUUUAAAAGAGUUCUCCUUCAAUUUUAUCAUUGCAUUCCUGUAUCAAUCUGAACUCAUGCGAUGUCUUUUUAAUUCCAUGCUUCCUUGUCUAAACUUUGUGCCUACAUUACCCACAAUGCAACUAGACCGCCAGCAAUUAUGACAGACUUUGAUGCAUUAUAAUAUUAGCAGCUAAUACAGCCUAAAUCAGAGAUAAAGCGCGGGCUACACAGGUGUCAGAUGUGGUAUUUUUACUUUUUGUACUGACACUGACUCAGGUGACAUCACACGAGGCAGUUUAUCAGACGUCCCACAGCUCCUUCUGAAGCCUCAAAACAUUUUACACAAGAGUUUUGUUUUUUUUUAAAGACUUUUGAACACUUCACUGUCAUACACACAUGCUGAUAUUCACUUUCAUCAACGGUUCUGACUGAAACUACUUUGUAUUGCAACAUAUUCCCAAUGAAUCCUGUUCAGUGUACUCAAUUAUCCCAAGAAACAGGAACAGCGUUUCUGCAAAGACACGUUCUUUCUAAACAAUUUUUAAUGUUUAGAGCAUGCAAAUUACAGUCGCCUCUUUUUUAUUGCGUUGAGGCAGAAAUAAGAUAUUUUGAAAAAAAAAAAUGGAACAUUUAAAACCAAACUAUCUGUAGCUCUGCUUCCAUCAACAUAUUUAUACACAUUUUGAAGCAUCACAUUAGAAAAGGUUGAUGGACACUGCAACAUUUCAGAAACCAUUUUCAAUUCUCACAAAAAAGAUUUUCUGCUCACUUUAGAAUUAAAUGGUUUUUUCCCCCAUUUUUCAAAUAACUUUAAUGGGUGAAUUGGCUUUUGAAUUAUCCAUUUGGCCUAAACUGCAUUUAAAAACUGCGUCAAACAUUGCAGCGAAGCCCUACAUUUAGUUUCAACAUUAUUUUUUUCUAAAUUGUAUUUUAUCAUCCUGUCUUGCCUCUGAAUCAUUUUAAAAACACUAUAAUGUGUCUGUUUGGCAUCACAUUUGGAUCACAUUGUCCCGUCAGUAAGAUGUUAUAAACCCUGUGUACCAGAAAGAAUGUACAUUGUGCUUUAAGUGCUUUAGUUGUGUGUAGAGCUUCAGCUUUUUGUUGCUGUUGUUGUUCAUGUAUGGCCAUAUAUUUUUGAAUGUAACCAUGGGAACAUGUGUAUAUAAUGUAAAUAAAAAUGGCUGCACUUUUCACCAGUGGCUUUGAGUGACAAUGUUCAACAUGAAGAAAAAAAACCACAGCAGUCAGUCACAAGAAAAAAAAAUAAGAAAUUUACUCAUUAUUUUAGAAAAGAAAAGAGAAAAUUAAAUCAUAUGAAGUGAAUGCGUUCCAUGUUACAGUUACAGCAUCAUUUUGACAGAAAAUAACACAAAUCCAACUUCAAGCUAAUUAGAACUGUAGCAUAAAGUCUCAUAAAAAGAAAUCCCUUUCUGUAACACUUUUAAUCCUUAAGUCCUUCAAAUGAUUCAUGAGGCCUCCGUCGAGGCUUUAACAGGGAGGUCAGGGUCUCACAAAGGCCCUUCAAGAGGUUUUGACACGUAGAGCACGUCUGUUGCUUUAAUCAGAUUUUGGUUUCUUCAUUAAUUAGAACUAACAUUGCAUACAAAUGUUAAAGAGAAACUGUUUCUUAAGGAAACACUAAAAACAAGAAGAACCGCUGCAAAACAAGUUUCUUUCUGCUUAAUCAUCAGUCAGACGAGCCUCUGUGAAACCUCGACCACACCCCGAAAUGAUCUUUUCUCUGAGGGAUGAUUAGUUUAUAGUUGCAUACAUUACACAGUUAAACACAGUAAUCAUCUCCUUACAUUGAAUGUGCAAUUUUCUUAUAAAUCUGUCAUAAAGGCCAAAUACUAAACAUCUUUGGAGCUGGCCGUGGACUUUUUUAAGGCACUUUGGGGACCAUAGUGAAAAAAACUGAAAUCUGAAUAUGCAAAAAAAAAAAAAAAAGAA